UCGUUUGACAAGUUUUUGCGUUAUCUUUACUUUUAUGCGUUCUGGAAGAAUACCCCAAUAUUGGAGUGAUGUGUAUUAUGAGUGUUGAGCAAGUUUGAAUCCCUUAUAUCCGACUCAUAUAAGGUGGUAUCAGAACCCGGUUCAUGCUUAUGGGCAAUUUUUUUGAAGAUCUUGAUAGUAUUCUUAAGUUUCAUGAAGAUUCGUUGAGCCACUGACAUGGAAGAAGCAAUCAGAGCUUUGACGACUCAGAUGGAAAUGAUGAUGCAAGAACAAGCUACUCAAGAGGCAAGGAUGGAUGCUCAGUUGGAUGCCUCCCAGGCAAGAUUAAAAGCACCAGAAAUGAAGGAGUCCCAGAGAAAUCAAGCCAUGACCGAUCCUAAGUAUACAGAGGAAUUGAAUGAGUAUGUCGAAAGGAGAAAGAAGAUAGUCGACCCCGGUCUUUGGAACGAUAUGCAGAAGUCAUUGGCUGCCCUGAAGUUGGCACUCCUAAAAGAAGAGACAUUGUCGAAACCAACGGGGUUUCAUGAACCCUGUGUUGUUUGAUCAAAACAAGUUGCGAACUCUGCAACAUUGUUUAUGAAGAAGAGGACGAGUCAAAGGAUGCAACAACAACUUGCGAGUUCCUUGAAGGCAACAUACUGGUUUCUCCAACAAUAGAAACUCCAGAGCAAAAGAAACUCGACGAGAUGGAAUCAUCAACCAACUUUUCAGAACAACAGAAGGAAGAGGGAGGUUUCUACGAGAUGGCCGGUCUCGAUGGAAAAGGGGUAGAUGGUUUAUCUCGAUCCUUUUUACAACUAUUGUGAUGAUGAUUUCUCAUGCAGGAACAUACAAGCUUUGACGGAAAAGUUUUCCCAAUGGGGAGGGACUGAUGUGAUCCUAGAUUGUAAUCCAAAACCAGUUCCAUUGAUGUUCAAAGAAGAAAUCAAGUAAAGGGAAGAAGAAGCUGGAAAUUUGGCUAACUAUGGAAAUAGUGUCAGAGUACCUACUUUGGAGGUUUGUAUCUUCAUCUUGGAAGAUAAUCAAUGGGAGUUUGGGGUUGGAAAUCAAAUUAUAAAUUCAAU